UGGAAGACUGCCACACCUGAACCAAGUUAAUAACCAGUAUUCCUGAUAUUACAGCAAGCAGCAGUCUGGAUGAGGCGGAGUUGGUGGAGCUCUAGAUUCUGGAAUCCACCGUAUACCACUCUUCCAUACACCAGACUCGCAACCAUGGCCACGCAAGAGUAUAGCUCCCAGACCAACGUGGAGAGGCAAGGCGGAGGAGGGGGUGUCGGGGGGAGCGUGAACGCCAGCGAGUGCAGCCUCCCCAAUAGUCUGCCAACGCAGACGCAACCCGGCGCGAGCAGGGCAUGGUAUGAGAGGACCCAGCAGAUGGGUGCAGCACUGGCGAGGCGAGCCGUGGAGAAAUGGAGCUGGAGCGGCGCGAGGAGGGAGCGCAGCAUCGACGCCAGCGCGCACGCGCUACGCACAUACCAUGACUUGUUUCUGUUUGGCGAGACGCCCUUGUGCCUGGGCAUCCGCGCCUCCAUGCGCGGCGGCAAGCUGGGCCGCGCUUGGUCCCUCGUGGAGUUUUUUCUUGCUGCACUAUCUGGAACAUUGCAUGUUUAUUCUACGUACCAUUUGAGGGAUGUUGCUGGCCGUGAUUGGGUAUCACAAAUCCAAAAUGUUGCGAGUGUUAUCUUUGUUUUGGAUUAUUUGUUGCGGAUAUAUUGUGAGCCGGUGCAAGUGUUAUAUGUUUUUUCGUACUGGGGUUUGAUUGACUUACUCAGUACAUUUCCUAUCAUUUUCCUUUUCAAAUCAGAUGCAGCACAUGGGAACCUGUUACAUCUUUUGCAAUUUCUACGUGUAAUUAGGAUAAUACCUGUAUUUGCAAACAUGGGCAUAGCUGGAAGUACUUUAUAUCAGAAGAUUCUCCUUGUUGCAAUGACAACAUUAGGCUCUAUAUUUUUGAGUGCGGGGAUUAUGCAAUGGAUUGAAUCUGAAUUGAUUUCUGCUGAAUCCAAAGCCAAAUGUAGUUCCAAUGGAUGCCUCAACUUCCUUGAUGCCUUCUACUACAUCAUUGUCACAGUGGCUACUGUGGGGUAUGGGGACAUGACUCCCAAAACCAACUUGGGGAAGCUAUUUGCAAUGCUUAUCAUAAUUGCUGCCCUUAUUUACAUCCCUUUACAAGUAUCCCGCAUCAAUAGCCUUGCAUCCCUUCGGCCGUACGGAGGUUCAAUUUCUUUUCGGAAUAUAUUUGAUUCAAGAUACAUUAUUCUUACUGGAAGUAUCUCUUUUCAGGCAGUUCAAGAAUGUCUUGCUGAAUUCUAUAGUUCAUCUCACAACGAAGAUAACUUUGCUUAUCCAUUGCACGUGACCAUCUUGGCACCAUUUCAACCUUCGUAUGAGCUGAAAAACCUUCUAGCACUUUACAAUGGGCUUGUGGAGUUCAUUGAAGGCUCACCAGUGUAUCAAUCAGAUUUAGAUCGUGUGUGCGCCUUUAAAGCCACUGCCAUUCUCAUCCUUGCCAACAAAGCUACUCAUAAUACAAAAGCAGAGGAUGCCAUCCAAGUGGUAAGGGCAUUGGCCGUGCAUCGUGUGUGUGGGCACACUGUGCGGAUCAUCGUGGAGGUGUUGGAUCCCAUCACCCAAACCAGUGCCGUUUGGGAUGAGACCCAAAGUGGUCGCAUUGAAAUCAUUUGCCCUGCUAAAUUACACUACCAAAUGCUUUCUCGUAGUUGCAUUGUUAGAGGAUUGUACACAUUUAUUGGGAACCUGUUCACAUCAAAGAUCAGACUCAGAAAUGACUCUGAGUUUGCAUUCUUAAGUGAAUUCUUUCAUAGUUAUGAAAAUGAAGUGUAUCCACUUAUACUACCAACUUCUUAUCAUGGCAUGACUUUUGAAGAGGCUGCAGUUCACAUAUUCAUGACCUUUGAUACUAUAUUGUUUGCUUUGGAUGUUCCUCUUCAGCAGAAACAAAAAAAUCACAUUGUGAACAAGGUUUUGUUAUAUCCCAAAGGACACAUCAUCAAACCAGAAGAUGUUGGGCUUGUGAUAUCACGAGACAACAAAACAGUCUUUGGUAUUUCAAACCAAAGAAACCAAAUACACACCAGCGCUAAUUAUUUUAAAGAGCCUGUAAUAACAACACCCAAAUUGCACAACAAACCAUCAAAUGUAAUAGAAAUUAAGGCGCCUGCAGAAAGAGUGAUUGAUAGGUGGAGGCACCCUGGCUUCAUUGGCAACCCUAGUUACUUUGAAGACCUUCAAAUGUUUCCAAUAGAUCCUGAUGGUGCAUACAACCUUGAGACACAACUGCGGUCCGUGAUCCAUGAAUCCCAUUUAGAGAGCAACCUCAAUGGUGAGCCCAAUGCCACAAUGGAUGCGAGUAGGAGAAAUAUGAACGUUAUGCCAAUGGAUGUUUUUUCAUCCAAACCCAGCAAGCGUUGUAGCAAAAUCCAACCCGAUGUGGAGCUGAGGAGUAACGACAAUGAAAUGGCUUCCACGUCUACAACUCAAGGAGGAAAAAAAUCCUCGCAUUUUGUGUCUUUAGAGAAGGCAACUGAGAAGUUGUUGACAUGGCCGCCUAUUUUUAAUUAUGGUCAACCUCACCCUGUUGUUCUCGAGCGACGAGCAAAAGAGAUUUUGGAGGAUAUGAAACAAAAAACCCUCGCAAUUGCGGAGUUGGCACGGCCUCACAUUUUGCUAUGUUGCCAAGGGGUGUGGCCCUCUCACCUUUUCUAUUUCAUCAAAGGGUUGCGUCAACCAAAAAGCCACCAACCACCUAUUGUUAUUUUGUUUCCAUUGGAUCCAAGUGCUGAGCAAUGGGGGCUAGUAGGCAUUUUCAAAGACGUUUAUUUAGUGAAAGGUUCUCCCACCUUUGAGCUUGAUCUCAUGAGAGGAGGAAUUCUACAAGCUGAAAAAGUAGUAAUAUUUGCACAUUUAGAAGCUCCAGUUGGUAGUUUAACAGCUCACCAAGUGCAAGACACAAGAUACCAAUUUCAAGUAAAAUCUACUUUUGUAAGUGAUGUGGAUAAUAUUUUGAUUGCAGCUAAUGUAGAUCGAUUAGUUGGGGACAAAUCAUCAUCUGUUUUGAUUGUUGAAAUGCAACAUACAAUUGGAUUUGAUUACUUACAACCCCAAUUUGGGGUUUUGCGUAGCCAUGCAAACCUCUUUUUUGCUCACAAGGAUUAUCUACAAAACCGCGAUGCUUUAUUGCACUUAGGGCCACCUUUUAUGGAAGGAAGGGCCAUAUCACCCAUCCUUCUUGGGUUUUUGAUGCGAUCCAUGUUCUACAACCGCAACACAGUAUCAAUUGUUGAACAAAUAGUGGAUGGAGGAUAUGUUGAGAAAGAUGGCUUUCUUUUGGAUGAGAAGAAUGCUCGCACAUUUGAACAAAUUGUUGUACCUAAUGGCUUUGCAAACCGACCUUACGUGGAUUUGUUCAUGGAACUAUUACACAAUAAAGGGAUGUUAGCGAUGGGGUUAUAUCGUGUGAAAGGAACUUUGGGUUGCCCUACAUCAUAUGUUCUCACAAACCCACUCAAGGAUUGUAUUGUGCAUUCUAUGGACAUGGUCUAUGUUUUGAUGUGAUUAAAUAUUCAAUGUUCAUUACAUGUUUUUCUUGUUUUUUUUUUAAUAAUUAUAAAUAAACAUAAUAGUUUUAAUCUAAAAAAUGCAAGUUUUCUUUAAUUGAUGUUUUGUGUUAUAAAAAAACAAUUACACUAGUGACAUGAGUUUGUCCUAUGAAGAAAACAUAUUUGUAUGCAUCUUUAAUAUUAGUUUUUUCUUUUCAAGAUGAAAUGGUUUUUCAAAGAUGUAAUCAGACAGAAUUAUGAUGAGAUUA